CGCUUCACGCGCGCGCCCCGCCCCAGCCACCGGCCGGCGAUGGCGGCGGCCGCCUCGCUCCGGCCGGUCACCCCGUCGGCGCUUCGCCUCGCGGGCUCGCCGCGUCGGUGGUGGUGUUGGGGAGUCCCGGCGCGCACCCCAGCGAGGAGGGCGUUCCAGGCGGACACGGGGAGGCGGAAGACUUUGUUAUAUGCAACUGACAAAGGUCCAGAAGAAUCCUUGAAGAAGACAAUUGAAGUUGACAGGUUGAUCGAUAUGCUGCGGGAUGCAAAUCCUAGAGAGCUUGAUCAAAUAGUGGUUGAAAACGUUCUGGCAUUUGCUGAGGGUUUCUGGGUUCGGCUGGCUGCAAGAAUUGAUCUAUGCAAAUCGGAUGAUGAUAAAAAAGACUAUGAAGAACUAGCUGAAAAUGUCAUGAACAUUGUUGACCGUCUUGUCCAUAAGACUGAUGAAAAGAUUGAACAGUCAACUGAUGUGUUGAAGGCAAUUAUUAGUCCUGUAAUGCAGGAAGGUGAAGGCGCUACGUGGCCACCAAGAGAUUUGGAGGCUCUUAAAUUGAUGGAGAAAGAAAUUUCAAAUAGAGAAAAAGAAGGACAGCUAGAUGAAGGAUUUCUGUCAGAGGUUAAUGCUCAGUUGAGGCAGGCUAAACAAGAUGGAGAUAAGCCAGGACUUCAAGCUAUGCUGCAGAAGGUGUUGCAGCUGUACGCUUCCAAUUUUCUCCAAAAGCGUAGUUAUGCGUACAAAGGGGGAGAAGUAAUAGUGCCUGAAAGUUUUCUUGAAUCUGUAAUAAAGGCUCCAGAAAACGAGUGGAACAAGCUUUUGCUUGAUGGAUUAACUGUAGGGAAAGGAAAUGUUUCACCAGAAGAAUUUUAUGCUGUUAUAAAGAAGAGAAUUGAGAGAGUCCUAAUUCGCACUGAAGGAGGUUCUUAUCAGCAGCGCAUACUUGUUGAAUAUCUGAAAGAGAUACAGGCUAGAGCAGAGGAAGUUGUGAAGGUGCUUCAAGGACCAACUAUAUGAUGUCCGGUGGUUCAUUUUAUGCAAUACAAGCUGUCCAGUUCAUUCAUGGAUUGAUGCAUCACCUCUGGAAAGCUUAGGUGCUGGCAGCACACAACUUAACUAGUUGUCUGAUUCAGGAACCUGUCCAUACGGAGGAGGUAAACAUAACGACAAGAGAGAAACAUAUCCAAAUAUCCAAUAGAAGUGUGGAUAUCAUCAUAUUUUUCCCAGUUUGAUUGCACGUUUCAUUUCCCCGUUUGGCAUUCAUCCCAAAUUGCCGAUUUUUCUGUUGGAAUGCUAUUCUGUCCGACUGACACUUGACACAAAUUAUAUUACCCCACUGAGCUAUAGUAACAUGUAAAUCGGUUUUGUUCUGUAUCGGGGAGAGAGUUCAAUGGUGAGCUCGAAGUGUUCCUGAGGCAAAAUUGUUGAUCGCGUUCGCAGCUACUGAUCUCUGCUGAUUAUACUGAUCCUUUUA